AAAUCCUUCGACCAGAAACGGGUACGGAAUAUGUAAUUACGAAACCAGUUUAUAUUCGAUUAGCGAGUUGUUUUGGUUGUACGGCACUGAAUCUGGCCGAAAAUUAGCAGAAACCUUAGUUAAAAUACCGCAGAUUAGUGUAAUAAUUAUACUGGUGUAAUUACGAUGUAAAAAUAAAUGGUGCAAUGUGCAACAAAGAGUGAAUCGCUGGUUAAGGAUUAUUGUUCGAAAACCUUGGAUACAAUCACGGUAUAACAGAGAAACAACAAUCAGAAGAGAACAAUAAAAGUAUGAUAAUACGAUUAUACCGACUAAGGCUAUGACCUUAAUAGCAUCACCACCCAACAUUCAACACAAUUUCGAUCCAAAAUCAGCCUUAGACUACAUAUCAGAAGAAGACAACCGAGUGUUCCGCCACGAUGAACCUAACCAGAUCAAGAAGUACAAUCCCACGGGAGAGCUCGUACAAAAUCUGGGAUAUAUGGGACCAGUGAGCCAACCCAUAGCGCCAUAUAUUGAGAACGUGUCCAUCGAGAACUCUACUGACGUCCAUAUAGGUGAUAAGAACAUUUACAAAGGUCCGGUAACCAUAAAGCAGGUCGUGUACGCGAAUAAUGUGCCGGGUUUGUUGGACGUGGACAGCCCAACAGUGUCGGACGCUGGAUCGUACGAAAAUGAAGUGGACAGUGGGUAUAGAACAGACGGUGGUCAUUUAGGUGAGAAGUAUAUUGGCGGUGAUAGGAAAGUUUCUUUCGGUAAAAGCGAUCCUGAGAAUGGUGAUGUUUCUGGGAAAGGUUUUCGUCUAUGUCAGAGCAUAUCACAGAGGAAGCCCUGGGAGAUGUUGGUUUUAGUUGCAGUUAUGGCACUACUCCUUGUUGGUCUGACGACUAUUUUGGUUUUAAGAACUUCUUCAGGUAAAGCGGCUGCGUAUUAUGAAGAGCCGAGUAUUAUACAACCUGUAUCAUAUGAUCCUGAUAUCACGGCUGAAAGCGAAAAAAACAAUGCCAAAGUACGGAUUACUUCUAGACAAGAAUGGGUAGCACAACCACCAACUAGAGCAAUUAACAAACUCGCUAAACCUGUGCCAAAUAUAGUUAUGUAUCAGACAAAAACAGAGAACUGCUCCUCCCAUGCCCAGUGUGUAUUUAGAGUUAGAUUCCUACAAACAUUUGACAUUGAGAGUAAAGGCUUGAGCGAUAUUGCAUACAAUUUUCUAGUCGGUGGAGAUGGAGCUAUAUACGAAGGCAGAGGCUGGAAUUAUGAGGGUGGUCAUUCUGUCGAGUACAACAGUAAAAGUUUUGGAAUUGCGUUUAUCGGAACUUUUACCAACACGAAACCAACCGAGAUUCAAACUGUGAUAUGUAAAAAACUGAUCAAAAUGGCCUUAGAAGAUAAGCAUUUGAAAGAGAACUACAAACUGCUGAUCGACAAGAAACUGACUGAGGAAUCGGGUACUGAAUUGUACGAGGAGUUAAAAACUUGGUCACAUUUCUCUGGAGUAGCUUAAAUUUAAUAUUUAAAAAAAAACGGUUUCUUUAAUUUACAGGGUGUGUCAACAAUAGUGAAGUUUAUGAUAUACUCAAUAAAAGUUGCAAGAUUUUCUAAAACCUACUAGAAAAAGAUGAUAUAGUAUCUAUUUGUGUCAUUGUAUAAUGUAGGAAAAUGUCAAAGAUUAAAAUAAGUGUUCUAAAUUAAGAUUACUUAAUUUACGAUUAACACGAAAUAUUAAAGUGUAUUUUCAACACUCUGUAUCAUUUAGUUUAAAUUGUCUCUACGAAGCUCAUUUGUUCUUUUUUCUUUAACUGUUUUACCUUUUUACUUAAUUUUUCAGUAAAAUAUUUAUUAUUAAUACAACAAAACUUAAUAAAAACUAUGUACAUUUAUAUUAAUAACAAAAUUACUUUAAAUUUCAAAAACAACAUAUUAGUGAGUAGGUACUUAGCUUUCGCUCUGAAGGUGUUGUAAUAACACUUUUUUGAAGCGCUUAGUAUAACUCAAAAAUAAUUUUAAAAUUUAUGUAUUUUAAUAUACCUUAUCUAACGUUCACGUUUACUAAAACUAUUCUAUUUAACUUUUUUUCCGUAAGUCUCAAAAUAAAUGACAUUAUCAACUUUAUUGUUGAUUCGCCCUGUACAUUUCAUAUAAAUAAGCAUUAAUAUUAUUAGUCUCGACUCAAAACUUAAAUUAUGUACCUUAUCAAAAAAACUAAGAUUUAUUUUUCCUAUCAACAUGGGUCCUAUUCUGCUUUGUUUCGUCGCUACAGGAGGUUAAAAGUGUUCUUGUUUAUAUUUAUUAUAAUUUUCUUCCAAGUGCUUUUAGCGAUUCCAAUGCAAUUUUCAGCUUACUAUGCAUGUUAAUACUACAUAUUUUAAUGCUAAAAAAAGUGUCAAUAGAUUCACCAGGGACGUGCAUAUGUGUUAUCACUGGAAUAUUUUUCUAAAAAAGACACGUGCGCCACUGACUUUUUACUCUUAUUAGUAAAAGUAGGCCAUUUAAUGCCGAUUAAGAGUUGUAUCUUGAUAUUUUGUCUAUUUUGAUCUCCUCGAUGACAUCAACGCAAUUUUAUUAAUCAAAAUUAAUAAAUUAUUUUAUUUAAAUAAUUAAUUAAUUAAAAAAAAAUGGAAAAUUGUAAAUUGGACUUUAUAUAAAUCCCACAGUUUAUAGCUCCUCUGUACGAAGUUGUGUCAUUUUUUAGAACUUAUGACAAUAAAAUAUAAGAAAAAUAUUAUUAUUGGAGAACUUAUCUGAUAAAAAUUACUACAAAACACAUAAAUAAAAUUUUAAAUUUCUAAACUGUGUAAUUGUAACUUAUAAAUUUUACAAUAAAUAUGUUGAUACUUUGAAAAUCUCAGAUUUGUAUUUAGAUAUAAGACUCUCAAUAUAAUUAACCUUGUGUUAUAUUCAAUUGUGUUAUAUUCAAGUCCAUUUUAUAUGAAUUUAAAAUAAGUGAUUAUUUGUAUAUUAUGUAUAUAUUAAUUUUCAUUGUAUAAGGUAUGAUGAAAUACGUAGUAAGUCCCUUAAUGAUGAGACAAGAAACUUUAUAUUUGUAUACCGAAUUCAACAUAAUCAACAAAACUUUUAAUAAAACUAAUAUUAAAAAUAUACCUUGUAUUCAUGUUCAAUAGAUAUUGUAUAUCUAUAUUUUAUAUCUGUGUGUAA